AUGCGUCUUCUUCGAACAACCUGUGUCAUUUUUCUGACUCUAUCAUCGGCUGUUUUGGUUGCUGCAACAGAAGAUUCAAAUUAUGAUCCUUCAUACAACUUCAGACCGUACAAUGUGACGAUGAGUGCUCUUUAUAAUUGGGUUGGGUCGUACUACAAUGGCACAACGCGCGUUGAGUUCUUGCCAUACACUGGACUCGCAGCUUCCAACAGCUCUUUGUGUCCGGUCUUUCGCAACGAGAUCAUCAUAAAAGAGUAUCCAACUGUUCUCGGCCUUACAGAGCCAAGCAAAUACAACACGGCGAAUGACCCCGUGAAUGCUAUGAUUACACUCUGGCCUCCUGGAUUUAACUUCUCUAACGUGCCUCCAAUCGGGUGGAUUCAGGAUAUAAGCGAAUUCAAGUCCUUACAGUGGUACCUAUGGUCUUCAACUCCUCUCUACAAAAGCACCUUCACCAUGUCCGAAUCACCUAAGCUGCUAAAUGACUUUGACUGGUCACUUGAAAAAACCCAAGAGCCACCAUUCAAUCUAUCAGGUACAGUGAUCGACGAUGAGUUCAUUGGGGAAUUUCCUCUCAAUAUGACAUCGUGCAAUAGGACUGGGGAAGUCCCAUGGCGUCUCCAGCCGAUUGCUUGGAACUCGCCUUUUAACGGCGUUAGGUACCCAUAUCCGACUAUCAGUUUACAGUUCGACCAUCAGAGCGCAAAUAUUUCUUUCGAGGGCUAUUUUUCAGGCGAACGAUAUUAUGAGCAAGAGGGGCUACGGAAUUCAGGAGAUUCAAUUUUAGUGGGUAAAUUUGAGUUGACAUUUUUGGGUGCCAUCGAUAGCUACCACUCCGAUGUUCUUGAGAACGACACUGCUACCCCGAUCUGGCUACGUACUGUUGGCUUUCAGAAUAACUCGUUGAACGUUGGUUAUGCAUUAGUGUCAACAGGUAGCCAGCUAAUAGGGUCGCUCUCGUUGGCUACUCUUACUUUUAUCGUAUUAGAGGUAGCCUUAUUCUUGUCUUGA